UCGAAACUAUGCAGCUGUAACUGUGUGUCGUACAAGUACAGAGUGAACGUAACACGUGGUUUUUGCAUUCGUAUUUCCAUACUAAAGAGUUCUAUUUUCCAUUCUGAAAGCUUAACCUACACAGCAUUAAAAUGCCAAAAACGAAGCGGUUUCAAAAGAUAUCAUUGACCCAAACGAAGAAGAAGGGCCUCAGUGGAAAACAGCAGUUGGUCGAGGACAUCAGAUCAUGUGUCGAAAAAUAUUCUCAUUUGUACCUUUUUUCUGUACAGAACAUGAGGAAUAACAAACUUAAAUUCAUUCGAAAUGAAUGGAAAGACAGCAGGUUUUUUUUGGGGAAAAACAGAGUCAUAGCGAUUGCCUUGGGACGUUCAAAAGAAUCAGAAUGCAGAGAAAAUCUUCAUGAAAUCUCAAAAAGGCUCAAGGGACAAUGUGGGAUUGUCUUCACCGAUAAAACUAAAGAAGAAGUUAUCAAAUAUUUUGAAAAGCAUGUUGAAUCUGACUAUGCAAGAUCUGGAAACAUUGCCACAGAAACUGUCACACUCCAACCUGGUCCUCUGGAACAAUUUCCAUUUAAUAUGGAACCAUAUCUUAGACAGCUAGGCCUCCCUACUUCCCUUCAAAGAGGUGUUGUCACAUUAUUGAAGGAACAUACAGUCUGCAAAGAGGGAAAUGUCCUGACUCCAGAGGAAGCCAGGCUUUUGAAACUGCUGUGCAUACACAUGGCCGAAUUCAAGGUGACUAUUGAAGCUGUUUGGCAAAAAGAUGGAACGUUCGAAGAAAUUGGACAUGGGGGAUUGCUGAUGGCACAAGACGAUGCAAAUGAAACGGAGUCGGAAAACGAAGAUAUGGAAUAAUGUUUCCCAUAAAAAAAUUUCUGAAUGAUAAACUGUAUUGGUGUAUCAACGAGGGACAUAAGUCGUUAUACAAGUGACUAAUGUUUACCUAUGGUCAUCCCUAUGUACAUCGUCUUGUUUUACAAAAAAAAAUGAAGAACAAGACGCGCUACAUUUCAAGCGAAUGAAAUGUACAAAAACAAAAUUACACGUUUCAUUUCAACCAA